GCGUCAUCGCGCCACGCCACCACCGGAGCCCAGGCGAAGAUGGCGGCAGCCGUUCUUAGCGGGCCCUCGGCGGGCUCCGCGGCCGGGGUGCCCGGCGGGACGGGGGGUCUGUCGGCGGUGGGCUCGGGCCCGCGUCUCCGCCUGCUGCUGCUGGAGAGCGUGUCCGGGCUGCUGCAGCCGCGCGCGGGGGGCGCCGUGGCGCCCGUGCAUCCCCCGGUGCGCUCGGCCCCGCACUUGCCCGGGCUCAUGUGCCUCCUGCGACUGCAUGGGACGGUGGGCGGGGCCCAGAACCUGUCCGCCGUUGGGGCGCUGGUGGGUCUCAGUAACGCACGGCUCGGUUCCAUUAAAACUCGGUUUGAGGGCCUGUGUCUGCUGUCCCUGCUGGUGGGAGAGAGCCCCACGGAGAUGUUCCAGCAGCACUGUGUGUCCUGGCUCCGGAGCAUUCAGCAGGUGCUACAGUCCCAGGACCCGCCCCCCACGAUGGAGCUGGCUGUGGCCGUCCUGAGGGACCUGCUCCGCUAUGCAGCCCAGCUGCCUACACUCUUCCGGGACAUCUCCAUGAACCACCUCCCUGGCCUCCUCACCUCCCUGCUGGGCCUCAGGCCAGAGUGUGAGCUCUCAGCGCUGGAGGGCAUGAAGGCCUGCAUGACCUACUUUCCUCGGGCCUGUGGGUCUCUCAAAUGGGGGGAAGCAGGAGCAGGAGUGGAGCGAGAGGGCAGGGCACCCCGGGGUCAGGCCUUUGGCCGCCCUCCAGGAAACGUCCUCCGGGAAGCGGGGCAGUCAGGAGACCUGUGUGCAGUUGCUGUUCUUGGUCUGAAGCAUCCCGAAGCCUCCCGCAUUGCUGGGAAAGUGCCCUCCAGCCCCCCCACCCCCCGCGUCCCCGGGAGUGGUUCCAGGCCUUGUACCGCGGGGCCAGCGAGAGCAGCACUUGGCUGGCGGUCUGGCAAGCUGGCCUCGUUUUUCCUGUCCCGGGUGGAUGCCCUGAGCCCCCAGCUCCAGCAGCUGGCCUGCGAGUGCUACUCCAAGCUGCCCUCUCUGGGUGCCGGCUUCUCGCAGGGCCUGAAGCACACGGAGAGCUGGGAGCAGGAGCUGCGCAGCCUGCUGGCCUCCCUGCACAGCCUGCUGGGGGCCCUGUACGAGGGCGCAGAGACAACCCCCAUGCAGUAUGAGGGCCCCGGCGUGGAGAUGCUGCUCACACCCUCGGAGGAUGGGGACGCCCACGUCCUGCUGCGGCUCCGGCAGCGCUUCUGCGGACUGGCCCGUUGCCUGGGGCUCAUGCUCAGCUCAGAGUUCGGGGCUCCCGUGUCCGUCCCUGUGCAGGAAAUCCUGGACGUCAUCUGCAGGGCCCUCAGUAUCAGUGCCAAGAGCAUCACCUUGCUUGGAGACGGCCCCCUGCGGCUGCUGCUUCUGCCUUCUAUCCACCUGGACGCCCUGGACCUGCUCUCUGCGCUCAUCCUCGCGUGUGGAGGCCGCCUCUUGCGUUUCGGGGCCCUGAUCAGCCGCCUGCUUCCCCAGGUCCUCAAUGCCUGGAACCUUGGUAGGGAUACCCUCUCCCCGGGCCAGGAGAGGCCGUACAGCACCGUGCGGGCCAAGGUGUAUGCCGUGCUGGAGCUGUGGGUUCAGGUGUGUGGGGCCUCGGCCGGAGUGCUGCAGGGGGGUGCCUCCGGAGAGGCCCUGCUCUCCCACCUGCUCAGCGACAUCUCCCCGCCGGCCGACACCCUGAAGCUGCGCAGCCCGCGGGGGAGCCCGGAUGGGGGGCUGCAGUCCGGGAAGCCCAGCGCUCCCAAGAAGCUGAAGCUGGACAUGGGGGAGGCCGCGGCCCCACCCAGCCACCGGAAGGGGGACAGUAACGCCAACAGUGACGUGUGUGCAGCCGCGCUGAGAGGCCUCAGCCGGACCGUCCUCAUGUGUGGGCCCCUCAUCAAGGAGGAGACUCACAGGAGACUGCACGAGCUGGUCCUCCCCCUGGUCAUGGGGGUCCAGCAGGGCGAGGCCCUGGGCAGCUCCCCGUAUACCAGCUCCCGCUGCCGCCGGGAGCUCUACCGCCUGCUGCUGGCGCUCCUGCUGGCUCCGGCUCCCCGCUGCCCGCCUCCCCUCUCCUGCGCAGUGCAAGCCUUCUCCCUUGGCCAGCGAGAGGACAGCCUUGAGGUGGCGUCUUUCUGCUCGGAAGCGCUGGUGACCUGUGCUGCCCUGACCCACCCCCGGGUCCCUCCCCUGCAGUCCGUGGGCCCUGCCUGCCCUACACCUGCCCCAGUCCCCCCUCCUGAGGCCCCAUCUCCAUUCAGGGCGCCCCCCUUCCAUCCCCCGGGCCCCAUGCCCUCGGUGGGCCCCAUGCCCUCAGUGGGCCCCAUGCCUUCGGCGGGCGCCAUGCCCCCAACGGGCCCCUUGCCGCCAGCGGGCCCCAUGCCUCCGACACGCCCUGGACCUCCAGCAGCCAACCACUUAGGCCUCUCCGUCCCAGGCCUGGUGUCUGUACCCCCCCGGCUCCUUCCGGGCCCAGAGAACCAUCGGGCAGGCUCCAACGAGGACCCCGUCCUCGCCCCUAGUGGCACUCCUCCGCCCGCCAUACCCCCGGAUGAGACUUUUGGGGGCAGAGUGCCCAGGCCGGCCUUUGUCCACUAUGAUAAGGAGGAGGCAUCCGACGUGGAGAUCUCCUUGGAAAGCGACUCUGACGAUAGCGUGGUGAUCGUCCCAGAGGGGCUGCCGCCCCUGCCGCCCCUGCCCCCCUCGGGCACCACACCCCCGCCUGUGGCUGCAGCCGGCCCGCCGACUGCCUCCCCUCCCGGGCCGGCCAAAGAGGAGCCCGAGGAGCUUCCUGCGGCCCCGGGGCCUCUCCCACCCCCUCCGCCCCCCCCUGUGCCGGGCCCCGUGGCCCUGCCACCUCCCCAGCUGGUCCCUGAAGGGACUCCUGGCAGCGGAGGACCCCCCGGCCUGGAGGAAGACCUGACGGUUAUUAACAUCAACAGCAGUGACGAGGAGGAGGAGGAGGAGGAGGAAGAGGAGGAAGAGGAAGAAGAGGAAGAAGAGGAGGAGGAGGACUUUGAGGAGGAGGAGGACGAGGAGGAGUAUUUUGAGGAGGAAGAAGAGGAAGAAGAGGAGUUCGAGGAGGAGUUUGAGGAAGAGGAAGGAGAGUUGGAGGAGGAGGAGGAGGAGGAGGACGAGGAGGAGGAGGAGGAGCUGGAGGAGCUGGAGGAGGUGGAGUUUGGCCCGGCAGGGGCGUCGGCGGAGGAGAGCGGGCCCCCGCCGCCGAGCCCGCCCCCGGAGCUGCCCCCCGCCCAGUCCCCGAAGGCACAGCCUGAUCCCGAAGUGGAGCCUGGGCUGCUGCUAGAGGUGGAGGAGCCGGGGGCCGAGGAGGGGCCGGGGGCCGAGGCUGCCCCCACGCUGGUCCCUGAGGUGCUCCCCUCCCAGGGGGAGGGCCCACGGGAUGCGAAGAGUCCCCCAGCUGGGCCACCUCCCCAGGAGCUCGUGGAAGAGGAGCCCUCGGCUCCCCCGACCCUGCUGGAGGAGGGGACUGAGAGCAGGGGUGACGAGGUGCCGGUCCCCCCCGAGACACCUGCCGCGGCAGACGUGGAGGCGGAGGCCGAGGCAGAGACGGCCGCCCUCCCUGAGAAGGAGCAGGAUGACACGGCCGCCAUGCUGGCUGACUUCAUCGAUUGUCCCCCUGAUGACGAGAAGCCACCACCGGCCUCGGAGCCUGAUUCCUAGUCCUUUCCUGCCCCCCUCCUGGUUUCCAAUAAAGUUCUGUCCUGGGAGAUCA